CUGCCAGCUUUUUUCUUUUUUUCUGAAGCACUCUCUCAGUACCAUGUUUAAGAGCCAGUAGCCUCUGUUAGCAUUUUAGCAUUUUCGCUGCUCUGCAUGCUAGGGCCUAGUAUCAGUUGGUGCUGGUUGUGUUUAUCUGCUGGGUUGGAUCAUGGUGAGGGAGCUGAAGACCCUGUCCUUCUGGAGGGCUGUUCUGGCCGAGGUGUUUGGAACCACGCUGUUGGUUUUUAGUGGAAUCUCUGCUUCUAUCGGGAACGGGAACAGCAGCUACCCGGACCAGGAGGUGAAGGUGGCGCUGGCGUUUGGGCUGGCCAUCGCUGUUCUGUCUCAGAGUAUAACCCACGUCAGUGGAGCUCACCUGAACCCGGCGGUGAGCCUGGGCAUGCUGGUGAGCUGUCAGAUCAGCGUGGUGCGGGCGAUGUUUUAUAUCGUAGCUCAGAUGUUGGGAGCGGUGCUGGGUAGUGGAGUUGUGCUGGGAGUGAGGCCGGAAGCUGUGGAUUCACUUGGAUUGAACAAGCUGAAUGGAGUCAGUCUGGGACAGGCGUUUGGAAUAGAGUUCCUCCUCACGCUUCAGAUGGUCCUGUGUUUCCUGGCGACCUCAGAUCAGAGGAGGCAGGGGCUUGUUGGGUCGGGUCCGUUUGCAGUGGGUCUCUCUGUGGUUCUGGGACAUCUCGCAGGUGUUAGUUUCACUGGCUGUGGAAUAAACCCUGCACGCUCUUUUGGUCCAGCUCUGGUUACUCUGAAGUUUGAGAACCACUGGGUGUUCUGGGCGGGGCCUCUGUGUGGAGGUGCCGUGGCCGCGGUUCUGUACGAUUUCCUCCUCAGUCCUCGGGGUGCGGACUUCACCGGGAGGCUGAAGGUCUGGUGUCACGGUCUGGAAGCUCUGGCUGGAGAAUCGGAGCCUCUGCUGGAAGGAGAAGGUGGAGAAUCUGCUCAGAAAUAGAACUGAAACAGAGCCUUCAGAUCCUGAUCCAGCUGAUUCUUUUUCUCCCCCCAAUCCAAAUAAACAUCUUUUGGAAGUAGA